AUGUGACCGGUGUGUGUGUGUGUGUGGGGUGAGGUGAGGAGGGUGAGCGGCGUCGCCAUGUUGUGGCCGCGGGUCAGCGGCGGCCUCAGCGCCGUCCGGGUAACACUGCGGUGGAGACCGGCGGCUGUGAGACGGGCGCGAAGCUCUAUCGCCACCGAAGCCUCUGUCCAGCCCGCGGCAGCCUCCGUGCCGAACGCCGGCACUGACCGGAUCCUGGGGAAGUGGCUGAUCGGGUGCAGUGGGAUGGUUGUGGGGGCGGUCGUGCUUGGUGGAGUGACCAGGCUGACAGAGUCUGGCCUGUCCAUGGUGGACUGGCACCUGAUUAAGGAGAUGAAGCCUCCAAGUUCACAGCAGCAAUGGGAAGCUGAGUUCCAGAAAUACCAGCAGUUUCCAGAAUUCAAAGUCCUGAACCACGACAUGACUGUGAGUGAGUUUAAGUGUAUCUGGUACAUGGAGUAUGCUCACCGCAUGUGGGGCCGUGCAGUGGGGUUGGCCUACAUCCUGCCCGCUGCGUACUUCCUCAGGAGAGGCUGGCUCUCGGCGGGCAUGAAACUGCGGGUGGCAGGUCUCUGCAGCUUUGUCUGUUUCCAGGGUUUGCUGGGCUGGUACAUGGUGAAGAGUGGGCUGGAGGAGAAGAAGGAUUCUCACGACGUCCCCCGGGUCAGUCAGUAUCGUCUGGCUGCUCACCUGGGCUCUGCACUGCUGCUGUACUGUGCCAGCCUGUGGACUGGCCUUUCUCUGCUGCUGCCUCCCAGACAGCUGCCCAACACCCGGCAGAUGGCGCUGAUGAGACAGUUUGCCCGUGGGACAGGAGGCCUUGUGUUUGUCACCGCGCUCUCAGGAGCGUUUGUAGCUGGCCUAGACGCUGGCCUGGUCUAUAACUCCUUCCCGAAGAUGGGAGAGCGCUGGGUGCCCGAUGACCUGCUCGCCUUCUCCCCAACGCUCAGAAACGUCUUCGAGAAUCCAACAACUGUGCAGUUUGACCACAGAAUCCUGGGUAUAGCCUCGGUGACGGCAGUGACUGCCCUGUACGCACUGUCCCGGAGGAUGCCGAUGCCUAGGAGGACACAGAUGGCAAUAGCCUCCCUGCUCGGCAUGGUGUACAUCCAGGCUGGGCUGGGAAUCAGCACUCUGCUCCUGUACGUGCCGACCCCGCUGGCAGUGACCCAUCAGUCGGGGUCGUUGGUGCUGCUCAGUCUGGCCCUCUGGCUGGUGCAUGAACUCCGGAGACUGCCCAAGUGAUGGGCUCCUGUACAGACAUCCUUCCUCUCUCCCUGUACACAGAGCUCAAGCCUCAGGCAGAAACAUCACACUAGGAUUUCUAUACCAGCGAGUGUGGUGUUUGCACGGUGUAGGCUGCUUCACCGAGGUAGCUGAGACUCGCCACCUCAUAGUAAACACGUGAUUCUCACGGACAUGUUUCAGUGUUCAGUUCAUCAUAAUAGAACACUUGCCUCGCAAGCGAGAGGACCCUGGUUUGAUUCCCGGGCAGGGUGAGAUGUUGGGCAAGUUUCCUUACUCCACGCGCCUCUGUUUACCUAACAGUGAGUAGGAACCCGGUUGUUAGUCGAUUGGCAGAUCGCUUUCCCUUC